AUGUCUUCCACUCGCAGGUCAAGGCGCCUGUCGAGGGCAAAAGACGGGCGCAGUGGAUGGGACACAGCGGGUCAGGAGAGGUUCAAGUGCAUCGCCUCCACAUAUUACAGAGGAGCACAAGCCAUCAUAGUGGUAUUUGACCUGAGCUGUGUGACCUCUCUGGACAACGCCAGGCAGUGGCUGGAGGAUGCUAUGAAGGAGAACGAUCCCUCCAGUGUUCUGCUGUUCCUGGUCGGAACCAAGAAGGACCUCAGUUCUCCUGAUCAGUUGGCCUACAUGGAGCAGGAGGCCAUUAGACUGUCAGAGGAGAUCAGAGCAGAGUACUGGACUGUGUCUGCUAAGUCAGGGGAGAGUAUCAGGGAGUUUUUCUUCCGGGUAGCGUCUCUAACCUUUGAGGCCAACGUGCUGGCAGAGCUCGAGAAGACUGGCUCCAGACGUGUUGGUGACAUUAUCAGAAUCACAGAGAGCACAGAAGAAGAGUACAAACCAACCAAGAGGAAACCAACCUGCUGCUGAUGGGGAAGGAUACACUUCACACACAGGACAACACUACACAGGACAACACAGGACAACACUACACAGGACAACACAGGACAACACUA